UCUCGCUUGGGCACCAGUGUGGAUGGGAUGGAGCAGCUGCUUGAUGCCUGUGUUGGACUGAAGCUUUUGAAAGUUGACAUACAAAACAAUAAAGGUUAUUAUUCCAAUACUCAUGUUUCCACUGAAUACUUAGUCAAGUCCAGCCCUAGAACACUCUAUCACAUGAUGAUGUACUUUUCCAAUACCGUAUAUAAGUGUUGCCACUUCUUACCACAAGCUGUAAGAGAAGGAAAGCAUCAGUAUGAAAAUGCUUUUGGGAUAUCUUCAAAAGAAAUAUUUGAAUGGAUUUACAGAUCAGAAGAGGAAAUCUUGACUUUUAUCCGUUUUAUGGACUCAAUAUGGAAUAUUUGUGGGAAAGGAAUUAUCCAAGCUUUUGACCUCUCUGCAUUCCACACUGUCUAUGAUCUUGGAGGAUGUUCAGGGGGUCUUGCAAAACAAAUUGUAUCUACAUAUAAGGAUUCAACAGUCACCAUUAUGGACCUGCCAAAGGUUGUGCAAACAGCUAAGAAACAUUUUGUGACAGAUAAGGAGAAGCAGAUACAUUUCCUUGAAGACUUCUUUAAUGAUCCUCUUCCGGAGGCAGACCUAUUUAUUUUGGCCAGGAUUAUUCAUGACUGGACAGAAGAAAAAUGCAUUGCACUGCUGAGAAAGAUUUACCAGUCUUGUAGACCUGGAGGUGGAGUGCUUCUAGUUGAAAUCAUUUUAAAUGAAGACAGAAGUGGUCCAGUCAUUUCCCAAAUGUGGUCAUUAAACAUGUUGGUCAUGACAGAAGGAAAGGAACGGACGCCAUCUGAAUAUAUCAAGCUCCUUACAGACUCUGGCUUCAUGGACAUUAAAGUCAAAGCAACUGGAAAGAUAUAUAAUGCAAUAUUGGGAAGGAAGUAG